AUGAAGCAGGCUAAAGGGAUGGAGUAUGAUGAGAGCUACUGCCUAGCUACCUUAGCUAGAAUGGCCAAGAAGGUGGAGCAUCUACAUAAUUUCAUUUUGUUUCGGUUCUCUAUGGGCUUCAUUGAUAGCAUAAUUGCCAAAUAUCUUGCAACUGUAGUUGGUUACCUGGUUGUCAGUCGUCCUUUCCUAGAUUUGUCUCAUCCUCGACAUCUCAAGAGUACACAUUCAGAACUGCUGGAGGACUACUACCAAAGUGGAAGAAUGCUUUUGCGAAUGUCUCAAGCUCUGGGUCGAAUAGUUUUGGCUGGGCGCGAAAUGACUAGAUUGGCUGGUUUUACUGCUCGGAUUACAGAAUUAAUGCAAGUAUUAAAGGAUUUAAAUCACGGCAAAUAUGAACGCACAAUGGUUUCACAACAGGAAAGGGGAAUUGAAGGAGCACAAAUCAUUCCCUUAAUACCUGGUGCUGGAGAAAUCAUCAAUGCAGAUAACAUUAUAAAGUUUGAUCAUGUUCCUUUAGCUACGCCAAAUGGAGAUGUCUUGAUCCAAGACCUUAGUUUUGAA